ACUGAGGGUUCCAUCUGUUAUCUUAAACCUUUGUUCUCAAGUAACACAGAGAGGAGAUGCCGGAAAAACACUUUGCUAAAGGUUUUAAUUCAGACUAUAUUUCCAAGUUGUUUGUAUGCUCUCUAGGAUUAUAUAUGCCAGCCCAACAGAAGAAAGCAUUGUUUUGCAUAGCUGGCGUGCUAAGUUUUGCUUGUGCUUUGAGCAUUGCCGCAGCCAUAGGGACUCAGCUGUGGAUCAGAGGAGGAAUACUCUGCAAAACUGGAGCGCUGCUUGUCAAUGCUACCGGCCAAGAAUUAGAGAAGUUCAUUGGUGAAAUUCAGUAUGGACUUUUCUAUGGCGAGAGGGUUAGACAAUGUGGGCUUGGAGGGAGACCUUUUCGGUUUUCAUUUUUUCCAGAUUUGUUCAAAGUUAUCCCCGCAAGUAUCCAUGUUAGUGUCAUCCUGUUCUCUUUGGUGCUAUUAGUGUUUGCCCUGAUUGGGACGGGGUUCUUCAUGUACAAUGCAUUUGGCAAGCCCUAUGAAACACUGCAUGGUCCACUAGGACUGUACCUGUGGAGCUUUAUUUCAUUUUCUUGUGGUUGUCUUAUCAUGAUACUGUUUUCAUCAGAAGUGAAAAUCCACCACCUCUCAGAAAAAAUAGCCAAUUAUAAAGAAGGAAGCUUUAUUUUUAAAACUAACAGCGAGCAAUUUGAAAAUUCAUUCUGGAUCAUCCUGGUCUGCUCAUUGGUACAUUUUCUGAACAUUUUGCUAAUACGCCUCGCUGGAUUUGAGUUUCCUUUUUCAAAGUCAAAAGAUCCAGAGACAGCAAAUGGAGCAGCUGAUCUAAUGUACUAGACAUACUUUGAAUGAAAAUGGUUCAUCUUGGCCUUUCCCCAAAGGCACCAAAUGUAAAUGAGUUUAAAGGGCUGUUUUUUAAAAUACAAGUGUGUAUAUGCAUUGUGAGCCAGGGGCAUUUAGAGAAAUAUACCAGCAAAAAAUGAAGUAAUAUCAAUAAGAGUUACAUUACUCUCAGUAGGUGAUAAUGUAUCACUAGGAAAAUAAUUGGGGUUUUUCCCAUGUAAUGCUGAACUUUGCUUUGUGAAAAGUAUAGUUUAGACUCCCAAUGAAGUUUUGUGUUCCACAUAUAGAGAUAAACCAUUGUUUGUGUGGUUUUCCUCUUCUCCCACCUUCCCUGAGAAUCCCUAAAUGCUUUCUCAAACAGCCUCCAAGGGUGAGCAUCAUUCCAAACCAUUAUUUGUUGGUUUGAAUAUAAUGCCAACCUGGUUUAUCCAAAAUGAGAUGUGCAAGCCAGCUUCAAACCAUGGUUGCAGAUCAUGGUAUUAGAUCUUGGUUUGCUUGCCACUUGCAAACAAUGCUUCUUCAGAUAGUGCUUGUUUAGACAUUAUGACAAAUCAUAGUUUGGCAUUAUGUCCAAAUCAUUCCAUUGUUUUGUUUCCAAUGACUGCAGCACUAAAGGAAUGUAAUGUUACUGAACUGGUGUAAUAAAAUAAAAAGUAAAAAAAAAACCCUUAGGCAGCAAUUUCAGCAAGAAGACAGCAUAUGUUUUCAUAUGCAAAGAAGAUGAUGUUCUGGAAUUAUUACUCCUAAACAUCUGCAUAUCAAGACAUCAAGAAGAAGUCAAUACCUUCUCUAGAAGAUUGGAAUAAGGGUUACUUCAUGAAAAGGCACUGAUUUUAAAUUAAACUAUAUGGUGGCAACCAGCGUUUUCAUUCCAUCAAGAGAAGAAACUUCCAUUCACAAAAGGAGAGAUGUGCUCACAAGUAGGACCUCUUCCAUGAGUGCAACUUUUUCCCCCGGAAUGGAAGCUCCUUCCAUUUACAGAGUGGAAACGUUAAAUGCCACCCAAUAUUAUUUAUUUAUAUGGAGUUGAUUUAGAUGCAAAUGCCUGGUCUGCAAACAUUACCAAAGAUGUUGCUUUAGUCCUCAGUGUGUUUAAUAUCAAGUGUUUGCAGAACUGAACCCAAGUGUAGUACCUAAAACCUAACCUAACGAUAUCACUUUUUGUUCUUGUUUGGUAGUGCUUUUGUUUUUCACUUUUAUAAGCUUCAAUUUUAAAAGAGGUCUGAUCCUCCUGAUGGCAAAAUGAUACUUCAAACAUUAAAUGAAUUCUCUAUCCUUCUAACAUAGCACUUCAUGUGAUUGUUAGCAGAAUGCAUGCAGAAAAGAAGAAAACAGAUCUGUAGAAAUUUUUUAUCAGUUAUUCCAGCCUUCACCAACCUGGUGCCCUCCAGCCGGUUUGUUUAUUUAUUUAUUUAUU